AUGGCGAAGCCAUCGCCAUGGACGCAAAGUGGGGAUCCAGACUAUGAGGAGCAGGUACAGGAGGCCGUGACGCUGAUUGAGGAAUGGCACGGCUCCUCCAAGUUCAAACCCUUAACUCCGAUCACUUCGGCCUUCCGCCAGAAAGAUGUGGCCAUUGGUGGAGAUCCCAAGUUCCGGGAGAUGAGCCACUUUCUCACCAGCUAUACUCAUCAGGAACGUUUAGUGGGCAUGCACCACGGAGAUGUCUCGCCCAGAAAGGAUGGCAUCGAUUCGAUGAACCGACGCGUCCGAAGCCUGGCGCACGACGCCAAGGUCGAGAGCCCCACGCACCGGAGUUUCCCUUCAUCUCCAAGGUUUGCUAUGGCCGGAAGUAGCAUCACUGGUGCGGUCGCAGCGGCCCCCUCCAAUCCCAGCAGUGAUGCUGAUUCACCACGGGCGUCGCAAGCGUUGGGGCUGGAUGCAGAACUCAAUCGAAGAUUGAAAUGGCGUGAAGAGCUUGAUAGGAACUUGAGGCGUUUGAUGACGGAUGUAGAGCUGGGUCGAGAUCCCAACAUGAAGCACUACGGUCACAAGAUGGUUUGCGAGCAGUUUGAAAAGCGCUAUGACUGGUUCAAAGACUGUGGCGACAAGGAAGUUCUGAAGGAGCAGAAGGGACCACCUUUUGUGAGGUAUGAUCCUGCGAAACCGGUGAUGGCCGGAUCAACUCGAGGAAUUCCAAAGAACUGA